UGAGCGAUGAAUUCUCUCCCCAUUCAUGCAACAACACUCCUGCAGCGUGUUAAUAUCUGCUAUCUGUGUUUAUGAUCAUUCUGUCUGAUCAUCAGAGACCUACAAGAGACCUACUGGUGUGUUCAGACUGUGUAUUCUGUGGUUCACACACAGGACAGAGUGAGCACCGCUGAUAAUACAGUUGCAACACUGCUGCUUCAGCUGAUAAAGUGAAUGCUCUGACCAGCGCUGGGAAAAAGUGUACAGCUCACGUGCAGCAGACGCAUCCGUUCACCAGGAGUUUGUGGUAUGCCACGAGAGUUUUGCAGUUUGUAUCGAGGGAGGUCUCCCGCGGACUGUUCGGUUCGGAUAUCAUCACAUCCUACAUGUCAUGUGGAUAACUGAAGAAGAGCUAUUAGUUCCAGGAAAUGCCUGUGGUCAUAUUCUAUUGCGAUUCUUCAAACCUUUUCAGGAGCAACAGAAAGAGGACGAGUGAACAUACAGUGAGUGCAGGUGAACGGCUACAAUCUUCACCAAGUGUCGCAAACAUGGAGGAGGACGAACAUAAACAAGACUUUCUCUAUUGUGAAGAGUGUCAGUCAUUUUUCACUGGUGAAUGUGACGUUCAUGGUGCUCCAUUGUUCAUUCCUGACACCCUUGUGCCUGUGGGGACUUCAGACCGGGCCAGACUAACCCUUCCUGUUGGACUGGAGGUUCUCACAUCCAACAUUCCCAAUGCAGGACUCGGGGUGUUUAACCACGGAGAGAUUCUUCCAAUCGGAGCACAUUUUGGCCCUUAUGAAGCAGAAGAAAGCAAAAUGGAGGAAGCUGUCAGCAGUGGAUACUCAUUUGUGAUAUGCAAGAGAAGGCACUUGAAUGAAUAUAUAGAUGCCAGAAGAGAAACACACUCGAACUGGAUGAGAUAUGUAAAUUGUGCUCGCAGUGAAGAGGAACAAAAUCUGGUGGCAUUUCAGUAUAAAGAAGCGAUUCUGUACAGAUGUUGCCGACCAAUCAAAACUGGAGAAGAAUUGCUAGUCUGGUAUGGAGAGGAGUAUGCCAGAGAUUUAGACGUCACUUUUGACCAUCUGUGGAACACUAAAUGCUCUGACAGAGAGAACGGUGCCUGUCCAGUGUUUUCCUGCUCUGUGUGUUCAUUGUCAUUCACGGCUCAAACAUAUCUCCACAAACAUAUGAGAAGAUGCCAUCAUGAGGAGUGUGACAAAAUCCUGAAAUGUGGAGAGACUGACAGUGAGGACAUGGUACCUAAAACGACCUUGAAAACAGAACAUGUAUCAUCUGAUUAUCUCUGCUCUACCACUCCAAACGAACUAAAAAACAGAGAAGGCAAGAAGAAAACUCAUAAUUGUGCAGAUUGUGGGAAGAGUUUCUCUUUAUUACGUUGUCUUAUUGCACACAAGCGCACACAUACAGGAGAGAAGCCUCAUCACUGCACACAGUGUGGGAAGAGUUUCUCUCGGUUAGGUGAUCUCCGUUCACAUCAGCGUAUACACACUGGAGAGAAGCCGUAUCACUGCACACAGUGUGGUAAAAGUUUCUCUCAUUUGGUUAAUCUUAUUGGACACCAACAAACACACACAGGAGAGAAGCCGUAUCGCUGCACACAGUGUGGGAAGUGUUUCUCUCGGUCAAGUAAUCUUAAAAGACAUCUACGCUCACACACCGGAGAGAAGCCGUAUCACUGCUCACAGUGUGGGAAGAGUUUCUCUCAGUCAAGUCACCUUAUUGUACACCAGCAAACACACACAGAUGAGAAGCCAUAUCACUGCACACAGUGUGAAAAGAAUUUCUCUCGGUCGAGUUACCUUAGUAGACACCAGAAAACACACACAGGAGUGAACCUCUAUUACUGUGUACCAUGUGGAAAGAGUUUUAACAGGUUUGUUGGCCUUCAAAGACAUCAGCAGAAACACAAAUAAGUCAUAUCACUGCUUAAAGAAGAAACUGAUGUCACUAUUCAAAGCACAGUUUGAUGACACUUAUCAGAAUAUAAAUAGAUUUGAGAGUUCCCUUUCUGAAACUUAAUCAACGUUGUGUAGGUGACUUUACAGAUUGUGUGUAAAUAAAUCACGACGGAGGGUACCAGUCCCGUUGCUUUUAGCGAUUGCAACACCUCCAACUAUAGAAUCAGCAGAGGUUGAAGUCUUAACGACUCCCAUGACAAGCUAUGUUGGAUGUGAAAUCCUUGUGCAAGCAGGAUCUUAUCUUCAGAUUUCUCCCAGGCAGGCCUGGCUUGAUGCCCUCUUGAAACCUUUCUUUGGUGCUUGUGGUCCUUUAGAGAUUUCCUUGUUGGUAGUCCAUAUGAAGUUAUUUCUGCUGUCUUCCUCUAAACAGAGACCUAAUCUGUUUCCUUCAAUGAGGUUGGUCGGUUCCUCCUUUCGGCAGUCCUUUGUUCCGGGGUUCAGCCAGAUGUGUUACCUCGUGUGUUAUAAAGUGCAUCUGUGGUAUUUCCACAUGUAAACUCCCCUGGCAAGGAGACUGCCAUGCAAAUUGUAUUUGAGUGAUUGGUCUCCCAAGCCCAAACCACUAGUCAAAUCAAUAUUUUAAUUUGUUUUUAUUUUUGUUCCUUUUCAGUUCUUCAAGAAAAUUAUAAUUUGUCAAUGUGAAUUGUGAUUUGAAAAUAAAUGUUGAAAAUGUAUUCACAAACCUAAUCAUGGACCAUGUAUACAAUCAUUAAUUCUGUGUAUUGUUUCAUCGCUAUUGAGUACUUUAUGUAAUUCUGCUUUUUAAGUUUUAAUAAAUUGCACACCAAGAAGGCACCAUA